UGCCUCACAAUAACUUGCAGAAUGAGGCUGUAGAAGAAGUAGAGGCGGAUCAGCUGGAACUGCAGGUUUUGUGGGCUGGAGCACCCAAGCCGGGAGGGAACCAUCCAAGUGUCUGAAUCUCCAGCAGGUUUUGACGCAUCUUGUUGGGGAGAAGGUGUUUCAGUGUAUCACUGUCUCUCUCAGAGAAGCAGAUCACUGGGGCUUGCUUGCAGUACCUUACAGACGCCCAGCUAGAAGAGAUGGAGGCUGGCCCUAUGUUGGACAAAAGACCACCAGGCUCUAAGGUGUUCAAUGACUCAAUCCAUGGACACAUUUGGUUGCACCCCCUGCUUGUGCGCAUCAUAAACACCCUACAGUUUAAUAGGCUGCGUAACCUCAAGCAGCUGGGGGGUACAUACUUUGUGUACCCGGGAGCCAGCCACAACCGCUUUGAGCACUCCAUCGGGGUGGCACACCUGGCUGGUCGGCUGGUCCGGGCCCUGAGAAAACAGCAACCAGAGCUGGGCAUCAGCCCCAGGGAUGAGCUGUGUGUGCAGAUUGCUGGUCUUUGCCAUGACCUGGGUAAGCUGUGCAUGUUGUAUGCGUUAGUGUCCGUUCCAGCUGCCCUGCUCUCUCUCCACAGCUUUAAAAGACAUGCUGCCACUCGCGUCGGCGCCCAGUGGAAGUACAAAGGUCGCCCGGAAUCCAAGUCCUUCCUUUAUGACAUAGUGGCAAAUGAAAGAAAUAGCAUCGAUGUGGACAAGAUGGAUUAUUUUGCUAGAGACUGUCACCACCUCGGCAUCAGGAACAAUUUUGACUUUGAGCGCUUCCUGAUGUUUGCCCGUGUGUGUGUCGUAGAUGGGAAGAAGCAAAUCUGCACCAGAGAUAAAGAAGCACACAACCUCUACGAAAUGUUUCAUACCAGACACCGUCUCCACCGCGAGGCCUACAAGCACAGAGUGGUGCACAUCAUUCAGGCAAUGAUAUCAGAGGCUUUUCAAAAGGCUGACAAGUAUAUCCAGAUCUCUGGCUCUGAUGGCCAGAUGUUUAACCUCUCCACUGCUAUCGAUGACAUGGAGGCCUACACCAAGCUGACAGACUAUGUGUUUGACCGGAUCCUAUACUCCAAGUGCAAUAAUCUUGCUGACGCACAGACCAUCCUGAAGAAAAUUGUUGACCGCGAGCUGUACAAAUGUGUGGAUGAGAUACGGCACCUCACAACCAAGGAGAUCAAGCAGGAUGAAUUUCAUAAGUGGUAUAAAAAUGAAACCUCUUCCAAGCCAGAUGUCAGUGUUCAGGCAGAGGACAUCAUCAUCAAAGAAAUUAAGAUGGACUAUGGAAUGAAGGAGAAGAACCCCAUCAAUGCCAUGUGGUUUUACCGCAAGAAUGACCCAGACUCUGUGUUCCAAUUCAAGGAAGAUGAGGUCUCUGAGCUCCUCCCUAAGAAGUUUUCAGAGAAGGUAAUCCGUGUAUUCUGCAAAAAGCCGGAUAACAAGAGCCUGGAUGUGGCCAAGAUGUACUUUCAGCAGUGGUACGACACCAUUAACCAGGGUUAAUCUGCAUGUCAGCGCAACAUUUGCCAAGGAGGGGAAUGUAUUUAUUUUAUACUUUAUGUUUAUUCCCAGAAUCUUUUGUUUAUGUGCUGUAAUUGUUGUGGUGUUGUUGUGAAUUCAUUUAAUGUUACAGUUUUCAUAUUGGUGUAAUUUAGGACAUUUUUCUGUUAGAUUAAUCAUGCAUGUUGGUAUGUACUGCAGGUAUUUGCUGUUUAGUUUGGGAUGUUGUACAUUUCUUGUGCCCAGUUAUCACUAUGUACCACAACCACAGUGUGCAAAAUACAGCUGGUACUUGUUCAUAUCCAGAAGGUUCCUGCUACAGCAGUGAUGGUACAUGAUUGUCCCACAUCUGCCAUGUUAAAUCUAGAUUAAAAAAUUUUGUUUUGUGUGCAUUUGAUUAAUUUCCCAGGUUAAUCAAUAUAUUGUAUUUUUUAUUUCUAAUAUUUCUAAGUAUCAGGUUUUCCUCUUUUUAUUAUAUAUACUUAUUUAGCAGGCACUAUUGUCCACAGUGAUGUAUGAGUGACAAUCAGAGAGCAGGGUCAGCAAAUGCACCGUGAGUAAUUGGGGUUGAGGACCUUGUUCAGGAGCCCAGUGGUGAUUAUAUUUCCUUUUCAGGCAUGAGAUUUGAACCAACAACCUCCUGGAUCUUGAGCCUUAAUCCACUGAGAUACCUAUCUGUUUCAUUGAUAUUCUUUCAUGUUUAUCUAAAGCAUUUCUAAAUACCAUUGAUUAUGAAAGGUGUGAUAAACCUCAACUUGUCCUGCA